CAUUCAGUCGUUUCUCUGACUUCGUUGAGGAAACACGAUGGCAGACGAUAUUGUCGCGAUUCAGAAAAAGUUUGGUAGUUUAAACGAAUAUAGUAUACAAUUAAAUAGAUGGUUUUCAAAAACGAUAGGAGUAUGGCCUCUUCCAUCCUCUUCCUCAAAAUUCGAAAAGAUAAUAACGAAGAUUCUAAUUUUCCUCUAUUGGAUUAUCGUGCUAUUCAUUAUAAUAGCAAGUUUAUUACAUUUCAUUCUCGUGAAAGAAGAUAUAGUCUCGAAAUUAAAAACACUUGGCCCAAUAAGCUAUUGCUUCGGUGGAGGGCUCAAUUAUGCAGUAUUACUACUUCGUAAAAAUGAUAUACGUUAUUGUAUAGAUCACAUAGAAGCCGAUUGGAAAGUGAUCACGAGGAUGGGGGAUCGGCAAGUGAUGCUUAAAAGCGCGAAAAUUGGUCGCAUCAUUUCCGGUUGCAUCGCAGGCUUCAUGCAAAUUGGUACUCUUUGUUUUUGCACCAUUCUGGGAGUUUUUAAACGAACAAUCAAAAUCGGCAACGAUAGUAUGGAAAUAUAUGUCUUACCAUUUCCAACUUAUAAAAUUCCAGUUGAUACUAAUCCAGGGCAUGCCAUCAUUCUUGGUUUGCAAUAUCUGACGUCAUACAUAAUGAGUGCUACUGUUGUUAUCGCUUUCAGCCUUGCUACAGUAUUUGCAUGUCAUGCUAUUGGUCAGUUAACUAUAAUGGUAACGUGGAUUCAAGAAUUUGUAAAUCAGCCACAAAAAGAAAAUAAGAAUAUUCGCAUUGAUGAAAUAAGUGUAAUCAUCGAACAUCAUUUAAGAAUUCUAAGUUUCCUAGAACGUACUGAACAUCUAUUGAGCCCAAUAUGCUUCAUGGAAAUGUUCAAGAAUAUAUUGAGUAUAUGCAUGUUUAGCUAUUGCAUUCUUGCGGAAUGGUCUGAACAUGAUAUUAGGGUCCUUGGUAUAUAUGCUUUUGCAGUAAUAUGUAUAACUUUAAACACAUUUUUAAUAUGUUAUAUCGGUGAAGUAUUAACUGAAAGAUGUAAAGAAAUUCGUAACAUGGUUUACAUGACAAAUUGGUAUCGAUUACCUGAUAAAGAUAUUCUUAAUUUGAUAAUGAUUAUUACACGAUCUGGCGUGGAAUAUAAAAUGACUGCCGGAAAAAUAAUUGAUAUAUCGGUAAUCACAUUUGGUAAUAUUGUAAAAACUGUUUUUGUGUACUUAAAUAUAUUACGCCAAAUGACAAUAUUGUAA